AUGGCCUCCCGGGUUACUUUCGUCUUCGUCGCCGGGCUGCUCAGCCUGUCCUACUGGCUCCUCGGCCAGCCUCUCCUCGCCUCGCACCCCGAGCUUCGCCGCAUCUCCAACCUCGACCUGGUGCUGGGCGAAGAGCUGCCCUCGCACCUCAACUUCUCGUCCCGGGCGCGCGACUACUACGCCUCCCCCCAGGCGCGGGCCUUUUGCGACGCCCACGGCUACACCGUCUUCGCGCCGCAGUCGCAGUCGGGCGAGCGCAAGAUCUACGACCUCUUCAUGGUCAACACGGAGCUGGACUGGAUGGAGAUCCGCCUCGAGACGCUCUACGACCACGUCGACUACUUUGUCAUUGUCGAGUCGCCCAAGACGUUCCAGGGCAACGACAAGCCGCUGACGGUGCUGGCCAGCUGGGAGCGCUUCCGCCGCUUCCACGACAAGAUGGUCUACCACCAGCUCACCUUUCCCGCCUCCUUCGACCCCAAGCGGCCCUGGGACUAUGAGGAUCUACAACGCGACGCUAUGUACGACCAGGUCUUCCCCCAGCUGGCCGGCCGCGCCGCCCCCGUCUAUGGGGACGUCAUCCUCGUGGCCGACGUCGACGAGAUCCCGCGCCCCGAGUCGCUGUUCCUGCUGCGGACGUGCAACUUCCCGCGCCGCCUGACGCUGGCCUCGCGCUUCUACUACUACUCGUUCCAGUUCCUGCACUCGGGCCCCGAAUGGCCGCACCCCCAGGCCACCUACUACACUGGCUGGCGCACCGUCCGCCCGACCAACCUGCGCAACGGCGACGGCGGUGUUCCUUUCCUGCGCGACCUCGACAAGUCGCGCCUCAGCAACGCCGCCUGGCACUGCAGCAGCUGCUUCGCCACCAUGGAGCAGUUCCUCAACAAGAUGGCCAGCUUCUCGCACGUGUGGAUGAAUGACGAAGAGUUCCGUAACAAGGACAACAUUGCCAAGGCGGUCCGUGACGGAAAGGACGUCUGGGGCCGGGAUAUCGACACGUUUGAGAGGAUCGAGCGGAACCAGGACAUUCCGCCGGUGCUGCGGAGGGAGGGCGACAAGUACAAGUACCUGCUGGACAGGAGCGGCAAGUCGGCUGGGUUUACGGAUUAUCCUUGA